AAAUGGUAGCCUACGACGAAACAAAACGCUAGGAAAGUUUUAUUCUUCAUUAAAAUUUAUUACAAUAUUAAUAUUUAACAUAGGAGUUUAACAGUAACACAUUACUGGAAUUUUUACUAGAACCUCAGUGAUUACUUAAGUGCAGCUCUUUUGUGCCAUUUCUGCAACGUCUACAAGUUAGUUUUAAACUGUCACAAAUAUUAAACUGUUACAUACCUCCAUUAAUAUCAAACAUCAAUAAAUAAAAUAUUGCAGUUCACGGGAUUCGGUCCUUUUACACUUCUAUGAAAAAAGGUCAUACACCACGAAAUUUUCAUAUUACUUAAUCAUAUAGCAGCUUUUACUUACUAUAUAGUAUAUAGAUGUGAAACACCGACCAUUCGAGGAAAAAAUUUGACUGUGGACAUGAAAAUAUAGAGAUUAAUAUUUUUCUCAGAUCAUAGACUAGAGCAUCGACAAAAUCAUUCUAUUCAUAUUCCGUACGCACACACUGAAAUUUGCAAUUUCUCUCUCCCUCUUUCCAAGAGGUGUAUCCUCCCGUCAAGCGUGGCUAAUCAAGGCACGAAAAGAAAAAUGAGCAGCUCCGAGGAGGUAUCCUGGAUCGCUUGGUUUUGCACGCUUCGAGGCAAUGAGUUUUUCUGUGAGGUUGACGAAGACUACAUAAAUGAUAAAUUUAAUCUAACCGGCUUAAAUGAGCAAGUUCCACAUUAUAGAGAGGCGCUGGACAUGAUUCUGGAUCUGGAGCCAGAUGAUGACAUUGAAGACAAUCCAAAUGAAUCUGAUCUGGUGGAACAAGCAUCGGAGAUACUAUAUGGAUUGAUACAUGCCCGGUACAUAUUGACCAAUAGGGGCAUUAGUCAAAUGUUGGAUAAGUUCCAGUCUGGGGAUUUUGGAUAUUGCCCACGUGUAUACUGUGAAUGCCAACCUAUGCUGCCAAUUGGUUUGUCGGACGUCCCCGCCGAAGCGAUGGUGAAGCUGUACUGCCCGCGCUGCAUGGACGUGUACACGCCCAAAUCCUCGCGCCACCACCACACCGACGGCGCUUACUUCGGCACCGGCUUCCCGCACAUGGUGUUCAUGGUGCACCCCGAUAAACGACCAAAACGACCUGCCUCUCAAUUCGUACCAAGACUAUACGGGUUCAAGAUUCACCCGCUCGCCUACCAAAUCCAGCAGGCGGCUGCGAACUCCAAGCCGCCGCAGCGCAGCCUGUCGUACAACAACGAAACGAAGACAUCAAGUAACAUUCCAAAAUGAUUUAAUAAACGACGUGAGCUCAGCAGACGGCCAGUGACGCCGGCAGCCACUGACAUACAAUAUGCUGACAGCUGUAUUCUUAAAAUAAUUGUAUUAUUAUCUUUAUUUACAUUUUAUAAUGUUAAACAUAUUUCAAGCUAAAGUUUAUUUUACGUUUCUGUAAUUAAUAUUUUUGUUAAUGUUCUUUCUAUUUGUGUAAAUAGGUUAUUAAUAAUGAAAUAACUUUUGACAAUAAUAUUGUCCUUUAUUACAUUAAAUGGUUAUACCACAAA